AUGAGAGAAGUCCUUGUUAUCGGCGGUACUGGCGCCCAAGGCCUACCGGUUGUCAAAGCUCUCUCCUCGAGCGAACAAUUUUCCGUCCGAGUUCUCACUCGAGAUGCAAAAUCCGCGCGUUCGCUAGAGAUUGCUAAGUUUCCCAAUGUGUCUCUAAUUGAAGGCAGGCAAGAUAGCCAGGAAGAUUUGCAUAGGGCCUUCAAAGGCGUUUACGGGGCAUGGGUUAACACUGAUGGUUUUACCCUGGGGGAGAAGAAUGAGCUCUUCUACGGCUGCCGAGCUUAUGAAAUUGCCAGGUAUCACGGCUUGCAGCACUAUGUCUAUGCCUCCGCAGACUUUGCUCUUAAGCAUGCUGAUUGGGAUGAAAAUUACCAUUGGGGACAUAAUGAUGCCAAGGGCAGAGUUGCAGAAUAUAUUCUCGCUCAAGGACAGGAUCAGAUGAAAAGCUCAGUACUUACUACAGGCCCUUAUAUGAACAUGCUUUGGGAUGGAAUGUUUGUUCCUACCAAGCAACCUGAUGGCUCAUUUGUCUGGGCUAAUCCAGCGCGUAUGUCUCCCUAA